GUUCCAAAAAAAAAAAAGUCCUAACGAAGUCUCACUGCGUUUCUGUACUCGAUAGAUACUUGAUAGCGUAGUGCACAGAGGCGAAGCAUCGCGAGGGAGGGAAGGAGAAGACGACGAAUUCACUCACCUUCUCAUAACUCGCUACCACAUCUCUGGUUCCAACAAUCCGUAGGGAAGAUUGCUGUAGAUGAUUCUAUUUCAUUUGUGUUUUUAGCCGUACGAACCCAUCUUAAUCGUGUCCACGCGGAAAGUAAGAGAGAGAUAGGGGUUUAGAUUCGUUGUGGGUACUGGGACAGAGGGGGCCAAUCAUGCCUUCAGGGGCUAAGAAGAGAAAAGCUGCCAAGAAAAAGAAGGAAAAGGAGGCCAACAUCAACUCGUCAUCUGAUAAUCCCCAAGGAAAUGAUGACUUGAAGUCACAAGAUGAGAAAGGAAGUGAUGGUGGGGAGGGUAGUUCACCUGCAUAUCAUGAUCACGAUGACCAUCAUCACCCAUUUAAUGAAGAGAGUGAAGAAGUGGAGGAAGGAGACCGAUCAGUUACUCAUCCAUCUCUUUCUGACAUUAAAUCCAUUGAAGAAGUCCCUAGUGAGAUUACUAAUGCUGAAGCAGUUGGAGGACAGGAGGAUAGGAUUGUUAAGAUAGAGAGUGAUUUGAAAUCUGAGGAGAGUUUUGAUAGAGUGAAUGAUAGUGUUGAGCACGUCAAAUCUUUGAAGGAAUCAACUGAUGGGAAUGGAAACUCCAGUGGUACUUUAAAUGUUGAGUCCCUCAAUGAAAAUCACGAUUCAGAACAAAGGGCAGUUACAUCUGAAGUUUUAACUUACUCUGUUGAUUCUAGUGCAGAAGUGGCCGGCGGGCAUGUAGUUAAGAUUGUCAGUGAUUUGAAAUCUGAGAAGAGUUCUGAUAGAAUAAAUGAUAGUGUUGCACAUGUCAAUUUUACUUCAGAAUUAGUAAAAGAGCGGGAAGUUAGUGCUGUUAAGAUAGUGAGUAAUUUGGAAGAUGAGGAGAGUUCUGAUAAAAUUAAUGAAAGAGUUGGUCAUGUUGAAUCUGUCAAGGAAUCACAUUAUGGGGAUGGAAACUCCAAUGGUACUUCACAUGUUGAAUCCUUUAACGAGAAUAACUCAAAUGACGACCCCAAUAAUUCAAAACAAAUGGCUGUUAUACCUGAAGAUUUAGCUUACACUGUUAACUCUUCAUCCACCAAAAAUUCUUUAACUACUGAAAAUGUUGCAGUCAGGGAGACUAGUAAUUUUGUUGUGGAACCUGAUGUUAAUUCAGUGAAGGAAGUGGCCUCUCUGUGUGAGGUGAAAACCAGUGAUGAUGGAAGUGCUUUGCUGGAGGAGUCAACAGUGUCUCAGUCGGCAGCAGUGGAUCUUGCCAUGAAGAAACAUGAGGAUAAAGUUUUUCCUUCACCCGAUCAGUACAUUACAACACUACAUGUCGUGGAAUCUCCACCAACAGAAUAUGGCAGUAAAGUAUCAGCUUCAGCAUCUGAAAAUCCCACUGUCACUUUAUCUACUCCAGAUGCAGAUCCUGCUAAAGGUUCUGAGUCUCCAGAGUGCUCUGAAAAUCAGCCUCAGUUAGUAUCAGCUCCACGUGUGGUGCAAAAGACCGCUUGGUUGAAUUGUUGUGGAUUGUUUGAACUGCUGUCAGGCUCCAACAGAUAAUUGCAGGGACAGCGACUAGAGAAGGGGUCUGAACUGAUUUCCAAGGGUCAUGCUCAUGCAGACUUGGGAGGAUUUUGUUAAAAGAAUUUUGUGAUAUUUGGAUCUACAUGUAAAGGGCGAGAGGCUCACUUAGAUAGAUCCAUACGGGGUUUAUGUUUAUAUACAGUGAAAUCUGUAGUACGUGAUAAUAAAUUCGAGUCUUUGGAACCACAUAUGCGUUUGUUUGUGCAAGUAGCGUAAUUUCCUGGUUUUAGGCCGUAUUCUGGGUUCCUCUUCUGAAUAAUGUUGAGCAAUAGGCCUGCAGUGACCUAGAAACUUCCAUAUGGAUAUUUUGAUGUUUUAUUGAUUGAUUAGUGUUAUGUGCA